AUGACAUCGCGAACCGCACUGGCUUCGCCAGUCACUCUGGCGGCUCCUUCCGCUGACUACGAGAGGGCAUCAUCGAGCCGCCGGAAACACGAGCCUCCAGUGGCGCCGCCUCGAACAUCCUCAACACAACAUGGAAACUCCGGUGGUGGACAAAGCUCGCGUAGGGCCGCCCGCGCCGAGGAACGAGCCGCCAACUCUCCCAGGCGAACUCCCGGCAGUACUAAUGGACAGCCGUACGACGAACCGAGCUCACGGAGUCGGAGGGCCGUAUCGCAGCACAUCGCGCAGGAACCUUCUCAGAGGCCGAGUAGUAGCAGAGACCACCGACAGACUAUAUCGACAACGAUGCCCGUCCGAUCCCGCGAGCAACCCUCCAGUUCGUCGUCGAAACAGCCAUCGCGCGAGGCUAGUGAGGUACUCAACCGUGUUAUCGUGUCGCAACCCGAAGUCGAUCUAGACAGGGAACGCGAGCGAUUGGAGGAAUCCCAACCCCAUACCGCUUCUUCACAUCAGGCAAACAACGACGAUGAUGUCGCGACGCCACCUCCGGUCGUUGCCGCAAACGAGAGCCAAGAUGACGGUAGACGCGGUGGCCGCAGUCGGCACGACCAUCUCAAACGCGAGAAGGGUUCGAAAUUUGCUGAUUACUAUCUCGGAAACACCAUUGGCGAGGGAGAGUUUGGCAAGGUCAAACUGGGCUGGAAGCAGGAUGGGGGUGUCCAGGUCGCUAUCAAGCUCAUCCGGCGGGAUAGCGUUGGCAGCAACCCAUCUAGACUGCAAAAGAUCUACCGCGAGGUCAACAUCCUUCGCGGCAUUUCGCAUCCUAACAUUGUCAGACUACACGAGAUGUCCGAGACAGACCGCCACAUCGGUAUCGUCCUAGAAUACGCAUCGGGAGGUGAACUCUUCGACUAUAUCCUCAACCACCGAUAUCUUAAGGACAAUGCUGCUAGAAGACUCUUCGCUCAAUUGAUAUCGGGAGUAGGGUAUCUACACAAGAGGGGUAUCGUCCACCGAGAUCUGAAGCUCGAAAACUUGCUUCUCGACCGCAAUCGAAACAUAAUCAUCACCGACUUUGGAUUUGCCAACACCUUUGACCCUAAUGAUGAAUUGACUGAGGAGGAGGAGUUACACCUGCCUGAUCGCGAAUUUGUCAAACGCUCUGGGCUAGACAAGACCAAACCAAACGGCACGCGCAGAGGUGACCUGAUGCAGACCAGCUGCGGAAGCCCAUGCUAUGCAGCACCAGAGUUGGUCGUCAGUGAUUCGCUCUACACUGGGAGAAAGGUCGAUGUCUGGAGUGUUGGCGUCAUCCUGUAUGCCAUGCUCGCCGGGUAUCUGCCAUUUGACGACGAUCCCGCCAAUCCUGAGGGCGAUAACAUCAACCUCCUGUACAAGUACAUUGUCAAUACCCCCCUCACCUUCCCGGAAUAUGUCACACCUCAUGCCCGAGACCUGCUACGGCGCAUUCUCGUGCCCAGCCCACGGAAACGUGCAGACCUGUUCGAGGUCGCUCGGCACAGCUGGUUGAGCGAAUACUCGCACGUGGUCGAGUUCAUCACUAGUGCUACAACUACCAGCAGCGAGAUCCAGAACACCACAGUGCCCGCUGAGGACGAGUCAGGAGGCCUGGCAAGAAGCGCAUCUGUCCGAGAACCGGCCAAGACGAAAUCGACAGCUCCGGCAGUCGGUGAGAUGGCAAGGAAACAGGGCAAAGUGGAUACAGAGGACUCUGCAAAGCAACAGAAGGAUAGCAAGCGACGAACGGUCCAGGUCGAGUAUGUGGCUCCCACGAGCCAGACACAGAGAGGAGGAGAACAGUCGGAUCCUCACGCGUCGCCACGUGGGAAGACCAGGGCUCGCACCUCAAGUCAGGGUCCUGUCGAGGUUCACUCACCGCAUGACAAGCCACUGCCCAAAGAUCCUCCGGUUUCCAAGGAUGCAGUCACAGGCUCUCCGAGGGACCAGAGGAAGCCACCCAGUUCUCACCGACGGGACAUGCCGCCACCUAGAGGGAGCGCGACACGCGCCGUGUCUGAUCAUGCCUACAUGACGACAGCAGCUGGAGCAUCGGCUGCAAGGCCAGCUACAGGUGGUUCGAUGCAGUCGACUGGUUCGAGGGGGUUAGGUGCAUCUGCGCGAGCGUCGUAUGGCCAGCCUCUACCCCCUACCGUUGCUGGUACUAACGCGCAUGGAAGCAUACAACAGCCGAAAGGCGGAGCAAAGAACUACGUCAUCUCGAAUCCGAUUCCACAAGAAGCGCCGGAAAUGGACUUCGGACGGCCCAGCAUCAGCGUGCCCUCAAAGUUUGCGCAAGUCUCCGGGUUCAGCAACCAAGGGCAAGAGCAACAGAAAACGGGCGAUGGCAAGGGCCAUCGAAGGUCAAACACCAUUGGCGAUAUUGGUGGCAAGAUCUUCGGCCGCAGCGGAUCUAUCUUUGGGGGUCGUAAGAAGCGCCCCGAUCAGCAGGCGGAAAAGCCCUCGAAGAAAUAUCCCCCGGUCAGUAUGUCCAACACCAUGCCUGACAAUUCUAGAGCGUCGAUGGAUUCUCGUGCUUCGCGCAGGUCAUUCUCCUUGGGUCUCGGGAAGAAGCGCAGCGGCAGCAUAUCUGCAGGUGGUUCCCAAGCAUCCUACGACCGUCCGCAAAACCCUCGACGAUUUUCUAUCAUGAAGGCCAUGGGCUUGGGCAAGGAGCCUACCACACCGCCGCCUCCGGAGACGUCACAGCCGGAUCUUCCUAUUCAGGACCCCCCGGAGGUGGACGAGUAUGGCCGAUAUACGGAUCAGCAACAGAGCCAUGGAAACAUGGAACAGCAGUAUGGAGAUGGAAUGUAUGAACAGCCACAUGAGCCACAACGACUGGCAACGGCACCUCAACCAAACCGCGAGUCUAAUGCUGCCCAGCAUCAGCGUUACCCAUCGGGGUCAAGGGUCUCUGCCAUUCCAUCAUACUUGCAGCAAGGAGCGGUCCUCAACUCAGGCUCUGAAUCGUCCAUCGACCACCCACAGCGAAGACCUCCGAACUCGGCACCCUACCAGACUGGCUACGAUUCUGAUCAGUAUGACGGACGCAGAACAAGCAGCCGGCAGGGUGGUCGUAUCCUCCAGAAGAACAAGAGAUUUGUCGACGCCUACGACGAAGAAGAGUACGGCAGACCCCGUGACCACGCCGGAACUAGUGGUGCGGCGAAAAGAGUGAUGGACUUUUUCAGGCGAAGGGGACGAGCCCGAGGCGGCGAGGCCUAG